AUGACAAGGGGAGAUCAAGGUAAGCUUUUUUUGACAAUUUUUUUGUUUGUAAAAAGAUAAAUAUGACAUGGGGAGAUCAAUGUAAGCUUUUUUUGACAAUUUUUUUGUUUGUAAAAAGAUAAAUAUGACAAGGGGGGAUCAAGGUAAGCCGUUUUUAUAAUUUUUUUUUCAUUCUGAAAAACUAAAUAUGACAAGGGGAGGUCUCGAAGCGAAAACCUAUCAAAUUUUUAAAAAAUUUUCCAAAAAAUCCUUUUUCCCUGUCCCGAAGCGAAAACCUAUCAAAUUUUUAAAAAAUUUUCCAAAAAAUCCUUUUUCCCUGUCCCGAAGCGAAAACCUAUCAAAUUUUUAAAAAAUUUCCCAAAAAAAUCCUUGUUCCCUGUCUCGAAGCGAAAACCUUUCAAGUUUUAUUAAAAUUUUCCAAAAAAAAUCCUUUUUCCCUGUCCCGAAGCGAAAACCUAUCAAAUUUUUAAAAAAUUUUCCAAAAAAUCCUUUUUCCCUGUCCCGAAGCGAAAACCUAUCAAAUUUUUAAAAAAUUUCCCAAAAAGAUCCUUUUUCCCUGUCCCGAAGCGAAAACCUUUCAAAUUUUUUAAAAAAUUCCAAAAAAAUCCUUUUUCCCUGUCCCGAAGCGAAAACCUUUCAAAUUUUUAAAAAAAUUCCAAAAAAAAUUCUUUUUCUCUGUCUCGAAGUGAAAACCUUUCAAGUUUUAUCAAAAUUUCCCAAAAAAAUCCUUUUUCUCUGUCCCGAAGCGAAAACCUUUCAAAUUUUUUAAAAAAUUCCAAAAAAAUCCUUUUUCCCUGUCCCGAAGCGAAAACCUUUCAAAUUUUUUAAAAAAUUCCAAAAAAAUCCUUUUUCCCUGUCUCGAAGCGAAAACAUUUCAAAUUUUGUUCAAUUGUUCAUGAAAAAUCUCUUUUUCAAGGUGCGCUGUCGCCCAGGUGCACUGUUCGCCCAGGUGCAACGUUCGCCCAGGUGCACAGUUCAAAACGUGUCAGGUGCACCGUUCGCUCAGGUGCCCCGUUCAGCCAGGUGCACUGUUUGUUUCAGGUGCACCGUUCGGACACAACCCAAACGCUCAUAUCAUCAUGCCUUUAGAACGAAGAAGCUCUGCAUAAAAAAGCAGAGCUGUUAGAGUCGGGAAUAGCGUCCACCACCGAGCCAUGUGACGACUUUGCCAACUACGCGGCCUACGGAAUCGAAGCCUCCACCUUUGUGAAAUAUAAACAGGAGAGAGCCGAAGAGGUGUUCGGCAAAAUGCAGAGUCAAUUUGUAAGCAAAUUUGGUAUUGAAUUUCCGCCGAAAGUGCAUCGGUACCCGUGUGCAAUAAAUCGCAAGAGACAAAAAAUUAUUCGUUUUACAGGAGAAGUACUUUGAAGUGCAACGCUCAAAUUUUGACGAGACUUGGCACAAAUUUAGCUUUAUUUUUUCGAAGACAUAUAUAUGUGAGCCUCCAAACCUGCUCUUUAUAGAAACGACUGAGAUUUUUAGACUGAAAGCAGGCAAAAACGUGACACUUUAUUGUGAGUUUUGAAACAGUGUCGCCGAAGUCUCCUCAGCGGCUUUGCGACCAGAGCUGAGUUGGGUUAUAUAAUAUGUAUACAAAGCUGUACUGUGGGCCUAAAAUUGGCUUUUGGAACACGUGAAAUUGUCCGCUAUGGACAAGUUUCAUUGUACGGAAGCUUUUUUUACAAAGGUUCCACUGUAUCACAGUCAAACACAACGAAUCUUUUCAGGAGCCUCUUGUCGAACUCAAAAGGAUCUUUGGUUUCUGCCAAUAUCAAACUCCCUUCCCCGGAAAGAAGUUCAAGCCCGGAAAGGACGACACGGAAGCUGCGGCAAAUCUAGCGCUAAUAUUAGGUUGGCAACUAAGUUAUUGA